CACUCAGUAAAACUAACAGAGCAGAGAGAGAGAGAGAGAGAGAGAGAGAGAGAGAGACAAAAAGAACCCAAAUUCUAAAUCCCUAAUAUUUCAAUUUCAUAAGCCCCACCGGCCACCAAGAUCAAUCAAAUCGGUCCAGCCCCAAAUCCACCACUUGUUUUUAUACCCUUUUCUUGAACCCUUAUUUUAUUUAUUUCCGACAAAUUUGAAUGAAGGACGAAGGAGAGGAGUGGAGCGGGCUUCAGCAGAGCAACUAGGAGGCGAUGCGGCGGAGAAGCACGCUCACACCGCCGCCCCGAAUCCCAAUUGCAGACGGAUGACCACCCCGGAACCGUAGAUGCAUAAAACCCCCCGCCGCCAUCGAUUGAGGAGCUCGCCGGACCUCUUCCUUCCGGACAAGCCCUCUUUCAAGAAUGUCGUCUUUAAGAUGCAGCUCGCUGAUCAAGCCCUAAACCGAGAUCCCUCCACUUCUCGCGCCAGUUCCCCCUCCCCGUCACCGUGCCGUAGUUUUGGCCACGAUGCCACCGCUCUCCUCUCCGACGAGCUCCUUCUUCACAUUCUCUCAGCUGUUCGGGGAUCCCAUCUCGGCUACAUCGGUCUUGUCUCGAAGCGAUGGCUCCGCCUUGUCGAUCGACUUCGCCGCUCUCUCACCCUUCUGGACUGGUCUUUCUUGGCUGGUCAUUCACGCCGCCUCACCACUCGCUUCCGGGAGCUCACUGAAGUCGACCUCGUUCCUGCCGCCUUCAGACCCCCAUCGUCAUUCUCACCAGUAAUCCUCACUCGCGGUCCUUAUUCCCUCCAUAUGGACCCCAUUUCUUCUCACUCUGCUGGUGAGCUUCCUUUCCUUGACUCCGAAGCCAUUAACAAUGGACUGGACGUGCUCGCCCAUGGCUGCCCUCACUUGCAGAGACUCUGCACUGUGGCUCCAUUAGAGUCGGAGUUCGGGCUUGCCACCGCCGCUCUUGAGUGCACCACUCUCCAGGAACUGGAGCUGCACCGUUGCUCCGACACUGCGCUCCGUCCUAUCUCUGCCUUCCAAAAUCUCCAGAUUUUACGGUUGGUGGCGUCCUUGGACGGGCUUUAUUCAGGUCCGGGGGUGAGUGACAUUGGGCUUACUAUACUUGCCCAUGGAUGCAAGAGGCUUGUGAAGCUGGAGCUGGGCGGAUGUGAGGCUAGCUUUGAUGGAAUCAGUGCAAUUGGACGUUGCUGUCCAAUGCUUGAAGAGCUUGCUAUUUGUGAUGAUAGCAAGAUGGAGGAAGGAUGGCUAGCAGCGCUAUCAUAUUGUGUGAACUUGAAGACUUUGAGGUUACAAAGUUGCAGGAAAAUUGUUAGUUUGGCAGAACCUAUGGAGCAUCUCGGAUGUUGCCCUACAAUUGAGCGGCUGCUGCUGCAGCGGUGCCAGCUGAGAGAUAGAAGAAGCCUGAAAGCUCUGUUUGUGGUUUGUGAGUAUGUGAAAGAGAUUGGCUUUCAGUAUUGUUGGGGGCUUGACAAUGAUAUGUUUAGCAUUUCAAGCAUCUGCAGGAGGGUGAAACUUCUAUCACUCGAGGGAUGUUCGAAGAUAACAACAGAGGGUCUGGAAUCAGUAUUAUUAUCAUGGAAUGAUUUGCAGAGCCUCACAAUAAUCUCUUGCAACGGUAUAAGGGACGAUGAAGUCAGUCCAGCCCUUUCAGGCCUUUUCUCCAUCCUCAAACAAUUCAGGUGGCGACCGGACUCCAAAUCCGUUCUUUCCAUGAAUCUCCAGGGAACUGGAAUGGGGAAGAAAGGCGGAAGAUUUUUCAGAAGAUUCCGUGGCUGAACAUAUCUCCAUUUAUUUAAAAGACUUUGCCAUCAAAAUAGCCUGAUUGGGAAUACGAGGUUUCAAAAUCUUGAUCGAAGAAUGUUGGAUGAGUUCAGGCUGAACGUUGGCCGGAGUUAUGAUAUCCUUUACUUGCUGAAAAGCACACAAUUCUGUGCUUGUUGAUCUGGUAGAGCAUGAUAGUUUCGUUGUUGCUGCUGUUGCAGUUAGGUAGCUGGAAAAGCGAACUGUUGCUUCAAAGAAGGUUUUAUUCAUCUUCCAUCUAAUUCUUGCAGAAAUGGUAUCUUUAAAGAUAGAUUUUUCUCAUUCAUUUUUUAUAUAUGUUUCAGGCAGCUUGUUUAGCCUAAUAGCCCAAACUUCUUAAUUAAUAAUGCAGAUGAAUAGUAAUGAACAGAUUAAUCUAA